GGCGGGUCGGGUUGCACGUCUCACUUCCGCCGGACGCUCUGGGGAGAAGGAUGGAGGAGGAGCAGAGGCUCCGGGGGAGGCUGAGCCGCCGCAGGCCGCCCGCAGGGGGCGGGGCCCCCAACUGCCCGCCCUGGUUUCUCUUGGAGGAGCGUCAGAGAGAGCCAUGGGCUGCCCUGCUGCGUAGCACUGUGAGCGGGAACGUGGAUUUGACCCCGAAAGUUGAGCCAUUGCCACCACUGCCAGCUUUGCCCGGCCAGGAGUCUCUGUCUGACCCAGAGCCCACUGUGCCUCCUGAGGUCUUCUCUGUGGGAUCCAAGACUUUUUCCUGGACGCCUUUUCCGCCUGCCCUUGGUGGUUCUGGAAACUCCUACGAGUUGUUCCACGGGACUGGAGGCUCCCUGGGGUCACCCACUCCAUCCCUGAAAGGAUAUCCUACACCAGAUUCCUGUCAGACUCCCAGCCCGGAAGAGUGUGUGUCCGUGCAGAGUCCACCCGUGUUGCUGAACUGCCCAUUGUGCCAGAAAGCGUUUGACCCGAAGCUAGCCCAGCUGGAUGUGGAUAGCCACCUUGCUCAGUGCCUGGCUGAAAGCACAGAAGACGUGGUGUGGUGAUGUGACUGCUGGGACGUGUCCGAGUGGACAUCUGAGCACGUGGGCACCGAGAAUAAUGCUGAUCGCUAUGGUGCAGACAGCAGCAGGUCCCUACCACAGUUCCUCUCAUUGCCGACUUAACUGGGUUUGGAAUCACCUAUCCGACAGACCUCAGGCUGUGUCUGUGGAGCUGUCUCCAGGGAUUAACUGAGAAUGGAAGACCCACCUUGGAUGUGGGUGGUGCUGUCCUGUGGCCUGGGGUCUCACUGAAUGAAAAGGGAAAAAGGAGAAAUUGAGCUGCUUCCUGACUGGGGACGGAUGCUCUUCUGACCUGGCCACCAGAGCUACAGCAGCAUUUGCUGCUGUGCCUUCCCUGCCGUGAUGGACUGCACUUCAGCCGUGAGCCAGAAUAAAUCUUUUCUUAAAAAAUUAUUUAUUUAUUAAUUAUGUAUACUACAUUUUGCCUCCAUGUAUGCCUGCAGGCCAGAAGAGGGCACCAGAUCUCAUUACAGAUGGCUGUGAGCCACCAUGUGGUUGCUGGGAAUUGAACUCAGGACCUCUGGAAGAGCAGCCAGUGCUCUUAACCACUGAGCCAUCUCUCCAGCACCCCCGAGUAAAUCUUAAGUUGCUUUGAUCAAGUAUUUUGUCAUAGCAAGAAGAACCCCACCCAGGCAGGGAAGCCAGGCUCUGUCACGAGGCAGAAUUGGGUAUCUCUACCCAAGUCAGCAUUUAUACACAGGUAGUGCCCUUCUCCUGACUAAGAGUGACAUACUGGAUUACAUUCCACAGACAUUAAUAAUAAUAAUAAUAAUAAAAGCUAAUGAUGUGUA